UAGAAACCUGAUGCACGUAUUCCGCUCCUUGAUUUUGAAUUGUCACUACCCAAGGUUCGCUCUCGACACUCUUGAUUCCCCCUACAACUUGCGUUUGGCGCACUCGGACAAAUUAAGCAGAUCUUUUGUUCGCAUUGAACGUUUAGUGAAACCCGAGGUGACGAUGCAGCGCAACGGCCACGGCGACCAUGUCGACGCUGUUGCGCAGGACGCCACGCUACUACCUGGCACUGUGCCGCUGCCGCAGGCAUUAGCCUCGAUGUCUGUCAUAGAAUGGGAUUGGGAUGUCGAACACCACGACCGACGGCUCGAGGCCAAAGCGGACGCAGCACUACAUGGCGCACAACCUUUUCAAGUCGACCGAAGAGUUCUUAAAGACGUCGUACGAGAGAUGACAGGCUGUGAAGUCGGGAGAAUAAAUUUCUUGAGUUCUGAUGUCUAUUACUAUGAUGCAAAUCCCUACAAUCGCCUAGGGGGCGAGUAUAUCCUCAUGUCGAAGGCGAAGGGCGUUCCCCUGUCACGCGUAUACUACUCGCUCUCUAAUGAAGAACUCAAAUCUCUAUUUGCGAAUGUUGCAGCUAUCAUAAUACCCUUGUUCGCACAGCGUUUCUCACACAUCGGAUCACUAUAUCUAGAGGGUGCAGGCACAGGCGCACCCACUCCUCUUUCGGUCGGGUCAUCAAACUCUCCGACACCAACUGUGACGCGUCCUACAAUUAACGGCUUUAAAUUCAUGCCACUAUUGUCAUUGAGUUCCUUUUCCAAUGCCACAGGACCCCUAGCAAGACCAGUCACACGGCCAACUUCGGCUAGAGAUUCUCAUAUUGGUCCUAUCGUGUCAUGGCCCUUCUUCGGAUCCAACCGCGGGGACCUCUCCCAUCCAAAUGAGAUUGACCGUGGUCCGUGGUCUAGUACUCAUUCGUAUCUUGCCUCGUGCGUGGACCGGGAGGUCCGGGGCGUGGUUCUCGAGAAUGAGGGCAAGUCGGCACCGCAUCGGUUACAUCUUGACCCGGAUGAAAUUCAAUCUUCUCGGCAUCACCACUUGAACGCAGUACCCGGCGAUCAGAGUGAUGAUAGUGAUGAAUGGGACGCACAGGAGAGCGAGGAGGAAUGGGAUGGCCCUGGUGAUGUCAUGUACAGGGAUUACAGGCGCAUGCAGAGAAGCACGUUCCUAAUCGCCCACAUCAUGCGACGGGAAGAAUCUGUACGAAAGGAGAUGGGUCGCUGGAUGCGCAUAAUGGAGGGACUCGGGGCGCGCGGGGAUCAUUCUGGGGAGACCGAAGAGUUCGGCCUGGACUGCCACGACAUAAGCCUGGAGAACGUAUUUGUCAACGAAAACGACCCCACGGAAAUAACAUGUGUUAUUGACUGGGAAUCCACAACCACCCGACCACUCUGGGCAUGUGCUCAUCUUCCAACCUUCCUGCAAUCCAGUCCAUUCACGACUCGUAUGUUCCGAGAAGCGGUCGAGGAUUUGGCUCGUGACCGAGCCCCUCGGCCAACGCACGCAGGAAAGAACAAUGGUAAACCCGUGAAUGUUGUUGCGGUCGCAAAAGAGUGGCUGCAUUACGAAGCCAUCGGUGCACGGCUGCGCAUGGCUCACAGGUGUGCCGAAUGGGACGGAUGGGAGGAAGGCCUGGUCGAUAGUAUACUUGGGCCUGAGGACACUGAGGACGAAUGGUUCAAAGACGCCGAGUGCACUGCAGAUGCGCUGUCUGCCUCAAGUGCGCCUGUGUGUGCAGAGAGCCAAGCGAGCAGCUGCGGGGCUAAUUCCGGUGCUCUGCAUGCUGCGUCAUUCAAGCGGCGAAAGAAGGCUGGGCACAUACCCUUGAAGAAGGAGCGGGAGAAAGAGCAGAUGCUGAAUACCACUGGUGAUAUUUGUGGUGGGCGAGGCGGGGAACUGGGGCGUAGACUAGAGGCCUGGCUGAGCGUCAACGGGGACGGGACGAGGAAGAAUUGGGACGAGGAGUAUGAUGCGGAGGCGGAGUGAAUGUGUCGUAUUUUGGACUGUUUCUUCGGUAUGUAGACUGGAUCUCUGAAUUAUGCUCAUAUGCUACGCCUGGACUUAAUACUGUACGAUACACACCCUUACGCACUCAUACUUGCAAUUGUUCACACGCAAUAUUCCUUUACCUUUACCCUUUGGCUUCGUCUGCUCGUUGUCAAUUGAUAAUUGUAUACAACUCAACGCAUGAGCGCUAA